CCUCGGAAUUGAUCAAGAGAAUAGUCGAUUCGAUGCUACUUUCGUCCAAACAUGACACUCUAGCCACCAUUAUUAGACACCGUCUUCCUCGGAAUCAAUUACUCCGUAUGAUCAUGGCAUCUGCAGACCACGUGACCAUGACGUCGGCCGUCUCGGCAUCGUCUCACAUGCCGAGGCCCUUUCGCAAUUGCGGAUCCGAGUCAAAGUGCCGCCCUCCCCUCCCCCAUAUUCUUAUCUUUCUUUACUUCUACUCUUUCACCUCCAUGAACUUCUUCGACCUACUGACUCGUCGCUGUGGUGCACUUUCUCAGUAGUCCCCUUCAUCCGAGUCCGACCUCCAACCGAGGUCCUGCGCGCCGUUAUGGAUGCGCUCAUGUCCCGCCUGGACUCACUGGUCUUGAACCCCGACCUUGCUCCAUUUUUGUCGCUGUUGAAGGGCGCGCGCAAUGGUGUCGUCUACGGGUCGAAAGUGCGGUUUCCGCAUGCGCUGGUCAUGAUCUUCCUGUUCCGAUCUGGAACAUUCCGAGAGAAGGUCAAGCUCGUGUUUAAAGCCACUCGUCAGCAUGCUCGAAACCUUGCCACAUUUGCUAUCAUAUACAAGGCGUCCAUGAUUGUUCUACGGAACAUUUCCCCCAAGGGAUCUGCGAAGGAAGGCCGUUAUGACAGCUUCUUUGCGGGUUUGUUGGGUGGAUACGCGGUCUUCGGCCGGCAGCGGGGAAGCAUUAGCCAGCAGAUUGUCAUUUAUGUUUUCGCCCGCGUUAUGCUCUCCCUCGCGAAACUCUCCGUCGAACCCAACAUGCACCCACUCUCCUCCCUCAUCACCCCCGAAGCUCGCGCCCAAAUCACCAACAAUGCCUGGCCUGCUUUUGCCAGUCUGAGCUGGGCAUUCGUCAUGUACCUUUUCCGAUGGUACCCUGAAACACUGGCGUCCAGUCUGCGGAGUAGCAUGGUCUACAUCUAUGCGGACUCGGAUCACUGGGACUCAUUCCGGACCUUGUUCAUACACAAUAAAUGAGAUCGUUGCAAAGCACGAUCAUGUGAUUAAGUACACGUAACCCCGUUGUCUGCUUUCCAGCUGGUUUGGGAUGUCAUACGGCGUAUGGAACGGAGUUCUUGUUUUUUUUUUUUUUUUUUUUUGUUUAGGUCCACCGAUGAUACCGUUUUGUGCCAUUGAAGACACAUUCGUGAUAUGCAUAUCUAUUUCGAAGGCCUGCUCAUCGUUAUCACUACCCUGUAUUAUGAGACACGGACCUUUUUGCCUUUACUUUAUACUCUACAUGGGAUUUCAUUUACAUAGGGCAGGUAGCGAUAUAGGAGUUUUAUGCAAACCCAAUUUUUGUUGACAGAUA